ACACCGGAGGCACGAAGUGGUGUUGUUAUAGAUUUGGAAGGUGGGCGACGAAUUUUUGUGCCAGAGACUCGUACCGUUGUCAGGGAUGUGCAUGCUGCAGACCACCAGCUGUGUACAGAAGCGCGAUUAAUGAGAAAUUUGUGGCGCGACUUCGUUCCAGUGCUUGCUCCGGUAAGUUACAAGGAAUUGUCGAGACGAAGGGCUGAGCAACCGCGACCGCCGGAGCAAGGAGAACGCCAACAAAAAUAA